GAAACCCUGAUUUCCUUUCCACCCUCUCUGCACUCAGAAGCAGCACCUCUCACACCUGCAGCUGUGCUGGCCAUGGCGAGGAGCACAGAGCAGCUCAUCCUGCUCACCUUUGCCUGUGCGUUUUCUCCCUGCUUUUCUAAAGUGGCCCUGGGGGAUGAACUGUCUCCAGAAACCAUAUCCUCCCACCAUGCAGCUGCUUUUGCUCAACCACUUUCCCUUUACCAAUCUUCACCUCACCAAGUCACCAAAACUCAUUUUAAUAGCACAGGCUCUCUUAAAACAACAGCCAUAAGCCAUGAAACAGCUGUGCAGACAACAGGCCUGAGUCAGACAACAACAGCACCAGCUCAUCACAUGACAGCCCAGGCAGGAGCAGGCACCACACAAGUCACAAAUGAGGAAUCUCCCACAGUGGCACCCACAACAUCAGGGGACGAUGCAACAGAAUCUCAUCAGGCUUCAACCCAGGCAUUGGAAACAGCUACAGCUGCAGUGAAGAAGACAACCACACAGCUGAUGUCCUCAGCCAAGCAAUCUGGAGCACACGUGAGCACAGCAAUGACUGUGGCUGCCCCAAACACAGCACCAAAUACACGAAUGACAGAGGCUGCCAUAACUACUGUUGCCAUCACCAUUCUAACUGUAAAGCCCACCACAGGAAAUCAAACAACAGCACCUAAAAGUCCAACAGCCACAGCCAUGAUCAACACAACCAUUGAUCCAGGGGUGCAAACAAGCACCCCACCUACUACGAUGACAUUGAGACCCACUCUUGCACCACAGCCUCCUCCCAUCCCCCCUGGCACAUACACCAUUUCCAGUGGGAACAGGACCUGCAUCAAAGCAGUCAUGGGUUUGCAACUGAUGGCUCAAAAUACACAGAAGAAGCAGAUGGAGUACAUGUCUGUCAAUCCCAACACCACACAGACAUCUGGCAGCUGUGGGAAGGUGCAGGCUGAGCUGAACUUAACUUUCUGUGGAGGAUUUAUAAAUUUCACCUUUGUAAAGCAAGAACCAGUGUACUAUGUCAGUGAAAUUGAGACCAGUUUACAGUUAUCUUCAGACGGUAUGCUGUACUUUGCAGCCAUAAACGAGAAGCUGUUUACAACAAAGCUGGGGAAUUCCUUUAAAUGUGCCAAGAAGCAAACCUUUGUCUUGGAGGAGAACUUCCAGCUACUGUUUGUUAAUAUGCAACUGCAGGCAUUUGAUAUUAUCGGCAACCAGUUUGGAAAAGAAGAAGAAUGUUUUCUUGAUAGAAACAGCAGAGCAGCUCCCAUCGCUGUGGGCCUGAGUAUCCUGGGAUUGUUUGUUGUUGUAUUUGCCACAUUCCUGAUCUCCAGAAGGAAGCCUCACAGAGGAUAUGAACGUAUCUGAGGUGCCCUUGUACUUCCAAAUGUGCGAAGCAAGUAGAAGUCACAGGAGUUUUAUCCUCUACCUGACAAUCUCACUGCCGUGAAGCCAUAUAUUUAAGUGGAAGGAUACCAUGGGUUUAAAGCUAAUGAAUAUUUCUGGAAGAUAUUUCUCUAAGGUGGGAAGGAGAGAACUCACACUGUAUACUUUAGACUAUUCUUAGCAUCUAAUUUAGGUGCAGUCCAGAGGACCAAAGUGAGGAGCCUAAAUUCUUGAUAUCACCAGCAAAGGAGGGAAUCACACAAACUAAAUCAGAUGCCUAAAAAUAGCUUAAAGGAGGCAGUAUCAACAUCCCUCAAAAAUCCAUCAGAUUUCUUAAAGGUAGUGUAUAUACCAGAGGUCCACAGAUACAGACAACCCCAUUGAAACAAAGUUUAGUGAAAGCCUUGUGGGAAUAUUGUGUAUGCUGAAGUCUCAGGGUGAGUGUUAAGUGUGACUUCCAUUCAUAAGCAAGUUCUUACCAGCCCUGUAAAUAUGAGGGUUACAGGUGUGUUUACAGUUGAGCAGCUGGA